AGCAGUUCCCGAACCACCGUCAUCACCCAUCAGGCCCGCCUGCCCGGCAGCCCGCCCGAGACGUGCAUGCGUCGGCAAAUCACCUCGCAUGGAAUCUCGAAACAUGAAUAGAUUCGAGCCGGCCGGGUGCGGGGUGGGCGGCACCCGUCCGCCGGAAGCACUCGUAUUACUGGUAGACCGGGUGUUGCCUCCUCCAGGGUGACCCUCCUCCGAUGCCCGGCAAAAAGAAAACGUCACGCGUCGCCUCCGGAUAUCAACAACCUUGCCCCCUCCUCCCCACGACGACCUCAUCGAACUUGCCUGCUGCAUCGGCUCUUCUAGACUCUCGACUGUCUUGUCACGGCGUGCUCAUCCAUUCUUCCUCUCCCAUCUUCUCGCUCACAUCACACCAUGGCGCCAUCAAGACCGUACGACGGCAAGUUGGGCAUCGUUACCGGCGGCUCACGAGGGAUUGGCGCCGCCGUAGCUCGCCGCCUCGCCGCCAAGGGCUGCAACCUCCUCCUCGUCUUCACCUCCGAGUCGUCCAAGCAGCCCACCGACCAGCUCUGCCACGAGCUCUCGUCAGCGCAUCAGGUGCGCUGCUCCUCGGUGCAGGCCGACCUGGCGGGACCCGAGGCCGCGGCGCGCAAGAUCGUCGACGCCGCGCAGGGCUUUUUCUCGACGUACAACACGUCGGGCGACCUGCAGGUGGACAUCCUCGUUAACAACGCCGGCGUGUCGUCCAACCAAGCCAUGAACGACGCCGCGCUGGGGCCCAUCGUCGCCGACGAGUUCACGCGCGUCUACAACGUCAACGUCCUGGCCCCGCUGCUGCUCACCCAGGCCGUCGCGCCCUUCCUCCCGCGCGACCGCUCGGGCCGCGUCGUCAACGUCUCGAGCGUGAGCUCCUCCAUCGGGUACCAGGGCCAAAGCGUCUACGCGGGCAGUAAGGCUGCCAUCGAGGCCAUGACGCGCACCUGGAGCCGCGAGCUGGCCGAGCGCGCCACCGUCAACGCCGUCAACCCGGGCCCCGCCUGGGGCGACAUGUACGCCGAGGCGGGCGAGCGCUUCUGGCGCAUCAACCAGCCCUACGUCGACGCCGCGCCCCUGGCGAGCUACAGUGGCGAGAAGGCCGUGCUGGACUUGGCGGGCGACGACGCAGAGCGCUUCGACAAGACGGUCCGGGAGGGCAUGGGCGGGCGAAGGCCCGGCUUCACUAGCGAGAUUGCCGGCACCAUUGACAUGCUGUGCUCGGCCGAGGCGGGCUGGACGACAGGCAGCGUGGUGUGCGCCAACGGCGGCAUGAAGAUGUCGAUAGCAUGAGAGAGAGGAAGGGGGCUUACGGCAAGUAACGUUUUUGGCCAUGUUCUAGUUUUAAAUGUGUAAUGCUGCCUGGCAUCAGAAGAAUGGAAAAGAACAAAAACAGCUCAUAAUACAUGAAGACCCGCCGUGCGGUGCCGCCGCCCCUUCUCCCACCCCCUUGGCAAAGGAUGCCUUCCCCGUGGGUAUCCAGCCGCCUCAUCAGCCACCCAUGAGGUUGGUCGUCUUUCAGUGGGGGCAUGACUUGAUCUUGCCGAGCGUGGGUUGCGGGGAGUCGGACAGCAGCAUCAAGCCCGUGACGGC